AUGAGCAAUACGCCACCUUGGUUGCCGGGCUUUCAGAAGAGAUGCGAGAUCGGCUCUACAGAAAACUAUGUCAUUCACUCGAAACCAGCGACUGGUUACAAGAAAACCUAUCCAUUGUUGAUCGUUCACGGAUGGCCGGGAAAUGUUCAAGAGUUCGUUAAAAUCAUCCCGAUGCUCAACGAUCCGGAUCCGGAAAUUCGUCCGAAGAAAACGGGUUUCUCUCAAGUCGAGUGUGCUCGAGUCUUUCACAAGCUGAUGAAUCGAUUGAACUUCAAGAAAUACUAUAUUCAAGGCGGUGAUUGGGGUUCGAUGGUCACGUCAAACAUGGCUCGGAUUUACAAAAAUGAAAUCCUUGCGCUCCACUUGAAUAUGAACAGCGCUUUCCCUAGCGGAAUCGGGCUCGUCAAGGCGGUUCUCGGCUCGUUUGCGCCAAAAUUGUUUUUCUCCUCUCCAAACUAUCAAAACUUCAACUUAUUUGAUCUGUUUAAAAUGGUGAUGGUCGAGAGUGGUUAUAUGCAUAUACAAGCAACAAAACCGGAUUCCUUACUUCAAUUCCGGUUUUUCAGGAAAUUCACUCUUGACAAAGUGUUAACGACUGUGACAAUCUAUUGGGUACAAGGGAAUACCGUGAAUUCACAGCGUUUCUACAAGGAAUUCUUCUUGGAUACGAGGAACGAUUUGUUGUCAAAAGAAUACUGUGAAGUCCCGACGGCACACAGCAAUUUCGGGCAUGAACCAUUCGACAAGAGUCCCGAAGAGAUCAUGAAGCACUCGUUCAACCUUCAAUACCGGCGUGAGCAUCCCGAUGGAGGGCAUUUUGCCGCUUACGAGCUUCCAAAGACCCUGGCCGGUGACAUCUUUGAUUUCAUUCGACAACAAACCACCCCGAAACCGAAGAAAACUGACGAGUUG